AUGUUCAAAUCCAUCUUGCGUCCCAGAGCAUUAAACUGCGUCAGAACUUUGGCCACUGCAGCUGAGGAAAAGGCACCAAGAGUUAAGAAGUUUCAAAUUUAUAGAUGGAACCCAGACACUCCAGAAGUGCAACCAAAGAUGCAAACAUACGAGAUUGACUUGAACAAGUGUGGUCCUAUGGUGUUGGACGCCUUGUUGAAAAUCAAGAAUGAGCAAGACGCUACUUUGACAUUGAGAAGAUCAUGUCGUGAAGGUAUUUGUGGCUCAUGUGCCAUGAACAUUGGAGGCAGAAACACAUUGGCAUGCUUGUGUCGUAUAGACCAGGACACCACCAAGGAAACCAAAGUCUACCCAUUACCACACAUGUUUGUCGUUAGAGACUUGGUUCCUGACUUGACCCAUUUCUACAAACAAUACAAAUCUAUCCAACCAUAUUUGCAAAGAGAUACCCACCCAGCAGACGGUAGAGAAAACUUGCAAAGUAUCGAGGACAGAGCUAAACUAGAUGGAUUGUACGAGUGUAUUUUGUGUGCAUGCUGCUCAACCUCUUGUCCAUCUUACUGGUGGAACCAACAACAAUACUUGGGCCCAGCAGUCUUGAUGCAAGCCUACAGAUGGUUGAUUGACUCUAGAGACCAAGCUACAGCCGAGAGAAAGGCUAUGUUGCAAAACUCAAUGUCUUUGUACAGAUGUCACACAAUUAUGAAUUGUGCUAGAACAUGUCCAAAGGGUUUGAACCCAGGUAAAGCCAUUGCAGAGAUUAAGAAACAAUUGGCAUUUGAUUAA